GUCGACGCGAAUUAUGGCGAGUCGUAAGAAGACCGACGAUACGGGACGUCGGUCGUCGUUGCCAAAACGUCACGUGUGGUCCUCAUCGUCCGACGAGGAGGAAAAGAAAACGACCGCUGCUGUCUGGCCGUCCUGCGUAGCGGCGUGCAGGAACCCUCCAUCGCCGUCGGGGAACAAGGCCAUCUCGCCAUCCUCGUCAUCCGACGAGGAGAAGAUGACCUCGACUUAUUGCCGAGAUACUCAGUCUAGAAAUAAUCCAUCGCCGGCUUCGGAUCCCUUUGUUAGGAGUCGCGUCAACCCCGUGGAACAGUCUAUAGGUCAAGAUGCAUCGUCACGUCGAGACAACAACCCCUUUAGUUUUAAGGCCUUUCUGAAGAAUGGCACGCCACAAAUCAAUUAUCACACCACAGGAGCACGGCCCAAGGUAUAUUCCUCCUCUGCAUCGAGUCCUGGUAGCGUCCUCGACAAGGACAAUGGCAGUGGCGUUUACUCUGGCCGAAACCCGACAGAAUUGCCAGACUUUGUGCAGGAUCACUUGGUCAUCGAACAGUGUUACCUGAAUCAUGAAAACAGUCAGCCGGUAUUGCCUGACGUGGAUAAUUUGCCGGAUUUUGCAUUGAAUAGUGUAGAACAGAGACAGUCUCGAUUGCGGAACGAAGCCAAAAAGAAUGACUCUGAUGUCCUGUGCGAUGAUCUGCGAUCAUUUGAUCUCACCGAUACGUUGCAUAAAAGCAUGUCGCAUAGAGAUCAUUCUGUACCAAACGCGAUGCACUCGAAUCAUUUAGAUCUACCUAUGUUUGAAAAUAGACUUGAGGAAAAUGCACCUUCCCUUCCUCGCCCCGAACAUAGAGGAUUUCCAUUCGAUUUGCCAUUACCCUUUCCAGACUCCAAUCCCAAUAUAAAUGCAACCACACGGAACGAUUCUCUGUCAGGAAGCGAAGUGAAUAUCCAUAAAUCUUUGCCAGAUUUCUUAAGCGAUGGUCCUAUACAUAAUAGAACUACAGAUUCAGAACCUACUACGAGCAUGGCAGAAUCCGCCGAAAGAAGGCUUUUGCUCGAAAACGAAGAGUUACGUGAGCAAUUGUGGACAGUUCAAAGGCAACUUAUUGAAAAAACAGAAAGAAUUCGUUCAUUGGAAGCAGAAUUAUUAUCCAAAAGAGAAGUCGAACACGAGGAAACUGUGCACUUGGAAAAAGCGAUGGAGCAAGUUGAAGAUAAUUUAAAACGAAGUACAAAGCGGGCAGUUAAUGCCGAAAGUACUGUCACAUCGUUGAAGAAGGAGAUUAAGGCUUUAACGACAGAGAUAUCUCUGCUACGACUAGAAAACAGUGAACUUCGGGCUGGUAUCUCAGCAGCUGGACGAAGCGAAUCGAAUGCUGGUGCUGCUAAUAUGAACCGCACAGUUAGAAGACUCGCACGUGAUUUAUUUGCGGCUGCAUCAUCGGCUGAAGUAUCCCUCAGGUAUCCUUAAGGCUCCUACUACUAGUUCAUUGUCAUUAUCUUGAAUUAUAACUUCAGAAAC